AUGCCGGUUGCUGGAUGGCCAGUCAGGGAGGCGCUGGUCGAGGAGGGGGCUCUCCGGGGGCCUCUUUCCCUUCUUGCCACCCCGCCCUGGCCGACAGCAGCGGUGCCUGCGGCAGAGCCUGGCUCUGCAGCAGCCCCUUGCACUUGGCUCGCACUUCUGGGCGCUGUCCAUGGUUGCAGCAUCUUUCGGCGCGCCACGUCAGGAGGCCGCAGCGGGGCCCUGCGAUUGGCGGAGAAGCCCCUCGCCAUCCCAACGCCCCCGCCCCCGCCCCACCGCCAGCUCCGGCCCGGCAGGCGCGUGCCAGCCAGCGUGCGGGCCGCGCCCUGGGGCUCCCGGGCGGCACACCCACUUUCCUUAUUAGGGCAGAGCCCGGCGUCCAGAGCGUACGGCGGGGCGCGGGGGUGGGGCGGGGAGCCCUGGGACGCGACAGGCGAGGGCGCAGCCACAGCCUCAGCCGCCUCCGAGCGGCAGGAGGGAGCCGCCGGUCGCUGCGCCCAACCUGCUACUUUCCCGAGACUUGGCUCCUCUCCCCUGGGCGGAGAUCUUACUCGGCGCCCCUCGGGUACCCCUGCUCAAAUCUCUCGCAACGACAUGGAAGAAUUUUUGCAACGCGCCCAGUCUAAACUGAAUCGAAGCAAACGCCUGGAGAAGGUCCAUGUAGUUAUUGGACAUAAAUCCUGUGACUUGGAUUCUCUCAUAUCUGCCUUCACUUAUGCUUAUUUCUUAGACAAGAAUCGAAGCAAACGCCUGGAGAAGGUCCAUGUAGUUAUUGGACAUAAAUCCUGUGACUUGGAUUCUCUCAUAUCUGCCUUCACUUAUGCUUAUUUCUUAGACAAGGUCAGCCCCCCCGGGGUUCUCUGUUUGCCAGUGCUGAACAUACCAAGAACUGAAUUCAACUACUUCACUGAGACCAGGUUUAUUUUAGAAGAGCUAAAUAUCUCUGAAUCAUUCCACAUAUUCCGCGAUGAAAUUAAUCUGCAUCAGCUGAACGAUGAAGGGAAGUUAUCUAUAACACUUGUGGGCAGCAACGUGCUGGCAAGUGAGGACAAAACUUUAGAAUCAGCCAUUGUCAAAGUCAUUAAUCCAGUUGAGCAGAAUGAUGGCAGGCUUGAGUUCCAAGAAUCUUCCUCCUCCCUCGUGGUGAAGGAGAUUCUCCAGGAAGCUCCUGGGCUCAUCACCGAACAGCUGGCUCAUCUCCUCAGAGGUAGUAUCCUUUUCAAGAUGAUGACCAUGGAGUCCGAGAAGAUGUCAGAGAAGCAGGAGGAAAUUUUAUCUCUCCUGGAAGAAAAAUUUCCUAGCUUGCCUCCGAGAGAGGAAAUUAUCAACGUCCUGCGAGAUACCCAAUUCAAUGCUCAGGGUUUAAGUAUUGAACAGACAAUGCUGAAGGACCUAAAGGAACUGUCUGAUGGAGAAGUAAAAGUGGCCAUUAGUACUGUGAACAUGACCCUUGAGAACUGUGUGUUUCACAGAAAUAUCACCAGUGAUUUGAAAGCAUUUACAGACAAGUUCGGUUUUGAUGCCCUCAUCCUCUGUGCCAGCUACCUAUCAGAGGAGGAACAGCCGAGACGACAGAUCGCUGUGUACUCUGAGAACCUUGAGCUGUGCAGCCAGAUUUGCUGUGAAUUGGAAGAGUGCCACAACCCUUGCCUGGAGCUGGAGCCCUUCGAAUGCGGCUGUGAUGAGAUCCUGGUGUACCAACAGAAGAACCUGUUGGUGACGUGUGACCAGGUGGUUCGUCUUGUCAAGGAAGUAAUCAGUAGGAGGUGUCCAGAGAUGGUCUCCAGCAGCCGGACAUCCUCUACAGAGGCCGUGGCCGGCAGCGCCCCACUCUCCCAGGGAUCUUCUGGAAUUAUGGAAUUGUAUGGUUCUGAUGUAGAGCCACAGCCCAGUUCUGUGAAUUUCAUAGAAAACCCUCCAGAGCUCAGUGACUCUAACCAGGCCCAGGUGGAUGUCAGCAUAGACCUUGUUAGCCCAGAUAGCGGGCUGGCCACCAUUCGGAGCAGCCGUUCAUCCAAGGAGAGUUCAGUUUUCCUCAGUGAUGACAGUCCAGUGGGAGAAGGGGCUGGGCCUCACCACAGCCUCCUCCCAGGGGUGGACUCCUAUAGUCCCAUCCCCGAGGGGGCAGUAGCUGAGGAGCACGCAUGGUCUGGAGAGCGUGGUGAACACUUUGACCUCUUCAACUUUGACCCAGCUCCCAUGGCUUCUGGGCAGUCCCAGCCUUCCUUCCAUUCGGCUGACUACUCCCCAGCAGAUGACUUCUUUCCCAACAGCGAUUCAUCCGAAGGACAGCUCCCCACAGAGCCUAAAGGACUUGACGAGAUAGAGAUGGACGUGUCUAAUUAUUCAUCCAGUUCACUUUUGUCAGGGGCUGGCAAAGAUAACCUUGUGGAAUUUGAUGAGGAAUUUGUCCAGAGACAAGAGAGUCCCAGGGAUAACUCUGAAAGAAAUCUGAGCCUCACAGGUUUUGGGAGCGAUGAAUCUCCUUCACCGGAAAGGCUGAAAAAUAUCGGAAAGAGGGUCCCACCAACACCUAUGAAUAGCUUUGUAGAAAGCUCACCAUCCACUGAAGAGCCACCUCUACUCUAUCCAGAAGCUCUAACUCAAAAAGCAGUUGACGUGGGUCAUGCAGGGCCUCCUCAGCUCCGUGUGCGGUGCAGCAGCUGGUGGGGUGGUUUGGAAAUUGACUCGAAAAAUAUUGCAGAUGUGUGGAGUUCUAGCGAACAGGAAUCUGUCUUCCAGAGCCCUGAAUCGUGGAAAGACCAUAAGCCAAGCACAGUUGACAGGAGAGCCUCAGAUUCUAUAUUUCAACCAAAGAAUCUUGAAUUCCCCAAGUCAGAUCCCUGGGAGCCUGAAUUUGGUCAGCCUGAGCUGGACAGCAAUAACAGUGAAGACCAAAAGGAGGAAAAUCUGCAGUUUCAGAAUCUACCAGCUGAGAAAUCACAUUUGCCGAAUGCUUCUCCUCAGGGAACAAACCACCUGAUAGAAGACUUCUCCGCUUUGUGGCGUUCUGAUCGCUCCCCCACAGCCAUGCCUGAGCCAUGGGGAAACCCCCCAGACGCUGGCGACCCAGCUGCUGCAGUGGCAUUCCCAGCCUGGAGUGCAUUUGGCAAAGAAGAUGAUGCCGAAGCUUUGAAAAAUACCUGGAAUGUGCACCCAACGAGCAGUGAGACACCUUCACUGAGGGACGCGAGUGAGUGGGCCAUAGCAAGAGGUGGGUUUUCUUUUCCUUCAGAAGACAAUUUGCCAAGCGAGGCAAACAAUGAAGGCGCUCCAGAAAUCUGGGGCAAGAACAUGCGUGACUCCAGGGACACACUCCUCAUCUCUGGAAAUCCCAGGUCCGAUCUGGGUCAAGCAUGGACUAGUCCUACACCAGCAAAGGAAGAUCAUCAGGGUUUAGUGGAUCUAAGAAGUAGGGGGAAGGUGUAUGAAAAAGUAGAUUCCUGGGACCUUUUUGAGGAGAGUAUCAAGAAAGGAGGAUCAGACAUCUUAGCACCUUGGGAAGAUUCCUUCUUAUCGUAUAAAUGCUCUGACUACAGUGCAUCCAACCUGGGGGAGGAUUCAGUGCCUUCUCCCCUAGACACCAACUACUCCACUUCUGACUCUUAUACUUCACCAACAUUUGCUGGAGAUGAAAAAGAAACGGAAAACAAGCCACUUGCUAAAGAGGAAGGUUUUGAAUCAAAAGACGCUAACUCUGUCACAGGGGAAACUGAAAUGCCUCCUCAAUCACCGCAGCAGUCACCCAGGAAUCGAAUUAGCUCGGGUCCUGGGAACCUGGAAAUGUGGGCUUCACCUCAUGUAGAUACUAGCUGUGAAAUAAAUGCCACUCACAGCCCAGAUCAAGAUUUAUGCAAGACGGAGCCCGCGGAGACUGGGAACAUGUCCACGGAGGAUGACCUUGGGGAGAGCAGCCAGUCCAGUUAUGACGACCCCAGCAUGAUGCAGCUGUACAAUGAAACAAACCGCCAGCUCACACUCUUGCACAGCAGCACCAACUCCCGGCAGGUGGCCCCUGACAAUCUUGACUUGUGGAACAGAGUGAUUCUAGAGGACACUCAGUCCACUGCCACCAUCUCGGACAUGGAUAAUGAUUUAGACUGGGAUGACUGCAGUGCAGGUGUGGCGAUCCCUGGGGAAGGGCCAGCACAAGGAUACAUGGCUGAAGGUGCCGAACCCGAAACCCGAUUCUCAGUGAGACAGCUAGAACCAUGGGGCAUGGAGUACCAGGAAGUAAAUCAGGGCGACUGGGACCUCCCAGCCUCCUCUGAGCCCAGCAAGGACACUGCUCCCAAUGACUAUCACAUACUGAAUGAGAAGAGUGGACAGCUAAUUGCAAAUAAUAUUUGGGAUUCCGUCAUGAGAGAUAACAACAUGUCCUCAUUGAUGUUACCAAGCUCAGCAUACGUUACAGAUUCAGAACAAAGCAAAUCGCCUCCUGAAACUCUCAGCUCAGCAGAAAAAAGUAAGAACAUUCACAUCCCAGAUGUGCUGGAAGCUUCUGAAGACAGAGAGUCGGGAGCACUUGAUCCUGACAAUCAGGACACAUGCAGAGGAGCCCUGCCAGGUGAUACAAUGUCCUUGGUGGCCAGGCUUGAGAAUCCAGGCCAGCUGGCAUGCUCAGAUCCGUGGAACGAUCCUAGCUAUGGACAGAGUGACAGUGAGAGGGAAGCCCACAGAGCUGCUGAUCAGGAGCACCUCAGUGAAGAGGAAGAGAUGGAUAGAGCCUCGGGAAUUUCUGGAAAAAAGAUGGAUAGAGCCUCGGGAAUUUCUGGAAAAAGUCAGGAAUGCUCUUCCCCAGUUGCAUCUGAACAUCAAGAAAUCUGUGAUGAGCCAGGCAAAAUCAGCUCUUUUUCAAUCACUUCCAGUCCUCACACUGAGGAACCCCAGAAGGUUUUAGAAUAUGACAAGGGGUCUUACAAUCCAGACCUCUGUGAUGUACAAACAGAGGUUUCUGCAAGUCACCUGCAGGCAAAAGAGACCUUUGAAAAGACCCUCAUGAGUCACAGAAAUUCAGAUGAAACUAUUGAGAUUUCAGGUGGGCUGCAGUUAACAAAAACAGUAUCUUUACCUGAAAUAGAUGUUGAGAAAACUGAAAAAGGUAGCAUUCCAGAGCCAGACAGAGUGAACCAAGAACCACUUCAUGAAUGCCCCCAAAGCCUUGAAGUUUGGGAUGGCCCUGGAGACAGUGGUCUGCAGGUCAGCUGUACAGGUUCUGAGAGAACUAAGAACCUGGAAGUUAGAAGUACUGACAAUAGCCCCCCGAGGGCCAGUUCAGGAAAUCAUGACAAAGAGAGUACUUCAAGUGAGUAUUCACAUUCAAGUGCAUCAAGUCCUGACCUAAAUGAUUCUUCAGCUGCAUUACUUUCCUGGGACCAUGGACCCAAUACUGGGCAUCAGAAGGAGAAUCAAGGUGGUUGGAAUGAACAGAAGCACCAAGAAUCUGAACUAAUUACUGCUGAUGGCCAACUAGAAGUAAUUACGGAAAUGAAGGGCCUGGAGAAAAACAGAAUGGACAGACUGGAAAAGAGCUUAGAUCACAAGGUUCCUAAAUUUUUAGAGAUUUGGAAUGACUCAGCAGAUGGAGAUUCCCUUUCCUCUUUAUCCAGCCCUGAAACAGGCAAAUAUUCUGAACACUCAGGUGCAUAUCAGGAAGGCAAUCUAGUGGUUAGCCAUCAGGAGAUAAAUGAACAUGACAUUCCAGAAACUGUGCAGCCAGAGGGUGCCAAGUUCAUUUCAGCAAGCUCAGGUUCUGAUGAAGAUAGUGCAGAUGAUGGCGAGUCAGUGGAGAAAGAGAUCCUUUUGGUCACUUCCCAAGUUGCUCAGCAUGAACCCCGAGUUUGGGAUUCAUUGGCUGAAUCUAAUAAGUUCUUGGUCACAGCUGAUCCCAAGUCUGAGGCAUUUUCUGCCUUUGUAGGCAGUUCAGAACCAGCAGAGAAUGAAAAUAAGUCAAACCUACUCUGUGACAAUCAACAAAGCAGCCCUAAUCACUGGAAUUUCUCAGCACUAAAGGAGACUGAAAUACAAAUUACAGCAGUGGACAAGGAGACGAGAUCUUCUCCGGAAACAGGGGAGACAGGAGACAUCAUAUGGCAAGUAUCUCCCAAAACUGAACCAAACAAUGAAGAUUAUUCUAAAUUGGAAAUGCUUGGCUUCUCAGCUGAGAGUACCGAGUGGUGGAAUGCCUCUCUAAAGGAAGGGCAACCAAUUGAAAGUACAUUUGAAGGGCAAUCAUCUAACUCAAGUGGUGUGUUAGAGACGAAUUCUUCAGAAUACCAGAAUGUGGGUCCCUGGGGAGUACCCAUUCAGGACGACACUGAACCCAUGGAAAUGCACUGCACUGAUCCUUUCGGUGAUAAACAGCAGUCACUCUUUCUGGAUGGUAUGGGGGAGAACUCCCACGAGCAACUUUGGAACAUUCAACCAAGGCAGCCUGACCCAGAAGCUGAUCAGCUUAGCCAACUCGUGAUAUUGGGCCAACUUAAAGAGAAGGAUUCCAGAGAACAAACCUUCUUGUCUUCUGCUGGUGAUGAACUCACUUCUGAAACACCUACCCAAGAGCAGUGUCAGAAUACAGUGCUGUCUAUCUGGAAUCAGCCAGACCCAACAUUUACUCACACAGAUGACAAUGGAUGUGUUAUAUCUAAUGUUUCAACUAUUGAGUGUGAAGAAACAAAUUGGUGGAAAGAAGAAAAAUCAUACCCCAGGGAAAUGACAAAUUCAAGCAUUGCCUCAGAAGAAUUCCAUGCUGUCAGUUCUUCCACCCAGUUGCUAAAGAAAUCUCUCCCUAGUGAGGGCCCCCAAGGCGAGUUUGUGCCAGAUAUUUUACAUGGCAACUUCCAAGAGAGUGGGCAACUGGCCUCAGCUUCACCUGACUUGUGGAUGGAUGCUAAGCAGCCCUUCAGUUUGAAAGCAGAUGGUGAGAAUCCUGAUAUACUGACUCACUGUGACCAUGACAGCAGUUCUCAGGCUUCCAACAGCCCUGAUAUAUGCCAUGAUUACGAAGCAAAGCUAGAGACCGAGCAGCACAUUGGGGCUGAGACAGGACCUGAAGGGGAAGCCAGGGAGUUAUAUCUCACCAAGCCAAAGAUGGAUGAAGAACCCAGUCAGGAACCUCGGCAGGAAUUGGUCUCAUACAAUUCAGAACUAUGUUCUGAAAACGCAACUCCGCUGCCUCCAGUCAGUGAUCAGGCAAACAAAAAUGACUCAUCUCAGCCUGCCUCUCACAAAGGUUCUCCUGAACCUUCUGAAAUAAAUGCUGAAAACACUACAGGUUUACAAGCAUCAGAAAAAGGAUCCAACCCAGAUGUAGCGCCAUCUUUGGAACCUGUUGACAGAACAGUCUCCAUGGCUGAAGACAUGGGAACCAGUAUUUUUAUAACUCACCAAAAGCCAACUGUGAAUGGCAACAGCUCCUGGAUAUCGGAGGGCUUGUCCCCCGAAAGUCAGACAGAUGCAGGGGCCAUGUUGGACCAUGAGCCACCUUUUGCUGCUGAGAGUCCCAGUGCACUUCCUCACAUGUUGUUUGCCUCAGACACUUGUCUGGAUGUAAGCGAAGCUGCCUUUGACCACAGUUUCAGUGAUGCCUCAGGUCUCAACACAUCCACAGGAACAAUAGAUGACAUGAGCAAACUGACAUUAUCAGAAGGCAAUCCCGAAACUCCAGUUGAUGGAGAUGCAGGAAAGCAAGAUAUCUGUUCAUCUGAAGCCUCAUGGGGUGAUUUUGAAUAUGACGUCAUGGGCCAAAAUAUGGAUGACGAUUUAAUGAGAGAGCCUGAACACUUUCACUAUGGUGGCGACCCUCCGUGGGAAGAAGAUGCCCUGAAGCAAUCGCUGGCACCUUACACACCUCCCUUUGAUUUGUCCUGUCUCACGGAAACUACUCUUGGUGUCAAAACAACAGAGGACGGUGGCGCUCCAGAGGAUGAGUCUUUGGGAAGUGAAACAGGAGAGAUCUUGCUUUCUGCCCUUCCUGACAGAAGAAGCAAGAAAAACCAUGCUGAGACCAAGAACAGACAGCCUGGAGACCAGCUGGUUGUGCUGCAUAUUCACGAAGACCCUGAACCAAUGGUUUUGCCGAGAGAAACUGACUCCAAUAUCGAACUGUCUCCUUCAAACAUUGACUGGGAAGUAGAAACAGGUCAUUUGGAUUCACCAGCAGGUGGAGACAUCGGACCACUAAAUGGUGCCAGCGACGAGGGAAUAUUAGAGUCGGAAGAAGAAAAAAUAAUUUCUAUUAAAGAGCCUGAGCAGAUAGAACCAGAAUUUGGGGAAGAAAGAUUCACAGAAAAGAAUGAAGAUCAUCACACCCUACACAUAGAUUACAUACUUGUAAACCAUGAAGAAAAUGCAACCCCUAAGCCAGAGGCAUGUGAAGCAAGAAAAAACAAAUCUGAAUUAGAAGAGUUUCACGUAGGUUCUGAAGAAACAGGGCUGCCAGGAACUCAGUUAGCAAGCUUUCCAGACACGUGCCAGCCUGCCUCUUUAAAUGAAAGAAAAGAUCAUUCUGCAGAGAGAAUGUCUUGCAAAGAUGCUAAGAGAUCAUCCCUCGAAAGUCCUAGGCAAGACCAGACUUGGAUGGUCUUGGGCCAGAGUGAAGUCUGUGAUCCAUCAGCAGAAGCUAGGGACUCAGGGCCUGGGUGGCUCGGCAACGCUGUGGAGCCAGCCACUGAUGCUGGCUUUGGCAAAGGUCCCCAAAUGCAGGUUUCGGGAGAAAUGAAACCUCUAGAAUCUGUAGCUCUAGAGGAAGCCUCUGGUCUGAGCAACCAAUCACAGAAGAGCAAGAGCAGAGGCAGGGCUGGCCCAGAUGCUGUUAUGUUGCAGCCCAUCACCCAUGACAAUGAAUGGGAAAUGCUUUCACCACAGCCUUCUCAGAAAAACAUAAUCCCUGAAAUGGAAAUUGAAGAGGAGACAGAGUUUCUUGAGUCCAGAACAGGGAAACCAAGACCAAAUGGACCACCCUCAGAGGAUGUAGGAAUGGACAUCCCCUUUGAGGAGGGCAUGCUGAGUCCCAGUGCUGCAGACAUGAGGCCGGAACCUCCUAAUUCUCUGGAUCUUAAUGGCAGUCAUCCUCGGAGAAUCAAGCUCACAGCUCCAAAUAUCAAUCUUUCUCUGGACCAAAGUGAAGGAUCUGUUCUCUCUGACGAUAACCUGGACAGUCCAGAUGAAAUUGAUAUCAAUGUGGAUGAACUGGAUACCCCUGAUGAAGCAGAUUCUUUUGAAUACACUGGGCAUGAGGACCCCACAGCCAACAAAGAUUCUGGCCAAGAGUCAGAGUCGAUUCCAGAAUAUACGGCGGAAGAGGAGCGGGAGGACAACCGGUUGUGGAGAACGGUGGUGAUCGGAGAACAAGAGCAGCGGAUUGACAUGAAGGUCAUCGAACCCUACAGGAGAGUCAUUUCUCAUGGAGGAGAUUCAGGGUACUAUGGGGACGGCCUAAAUGCCAUCAUUGUGUUUGCCGCCUGUUUUCUGCCAGACAGCAGUCGGGCGGAUUACCACUAUGUCAUGGAAAAUCUUUUCCUAUAUGUAAUAAGUACUUUAGAGCUGAUGGUAGCUGAAGACUAUAUGAUUGUGUACUUGAAUGGCGCAACCCCAAGACGGAAGAUGCCGGGGCUUGGCUGGAUGAAGAAAUGCUAUCAGAUGAUUGAUAGACGGUUACGGAAGAAUUUGAAAUCAUUCAUCAUUGUCCAUCCAUCCUGGUUCAUCAGAACAAUCCUUGCAGUGACACGACCUUUUAUAAGUUCAAAAUUCAGCAGUAAGAUUAAAUAUGUCAGUAGCUUAUCAGAGCUCAGUGGGCUGAUCCCAAUGGAGUGCAUCCAUAUUCCAGAGAGCAUCAUCAAGUACGAUGAAGAGAGAUCUUAUAAGAGAAGUGUGAGACUGGAUGAAGAACUGAGGGAGGCAUCAGAAGCAGCUAAAACUAGCUGCCUUUACAAUGAUCCCGAAAUGUCUUCUAUGGAGAAGGAUAUUGACCAGAAGCUGAAAGAAAAGCCCUAGCUGGCCAUGGCUGGAAGAAGAGGGUGCUUUUCUGCUUCGUGGUUUUGUCGAAACAUAUCUACCUGGAAGAGAGAGGGCUGAUGGUACUUGUUUCCACUUUGCACUACCUGGUGCCAUUCUAGGUUUCUAAGGGGAAAAACUGUAAGGAGAUUUGUUGAUUCCUAACAUGCUUUAUGAAAUUGUGUUUAUUUCCUUGUUUUGCCGAUUAUGUGCCUCAAAGAUGUUAGCUGAACCUUCACAAGAGAGCAGGACCUUCCGUUUCAAUAUUCUUGUAACCCUUUGGUGCAGUGAUAUUUCAUCUCUUAAGACUGGUGUUGACCAAUAAGAUCACUUAGGUUCACUACUAAUAGGGGAUGGGUUUGUUUCCCUAGACUGACUGGAUUUCUCCUUGGUAAUCAUUGUAGGUUUCAAAUACGCAGGGCUCACCUCUCCCUAGGAUAGUUGUUCCCAGGUCACUCUACCUUUAAAAUCCUAAGCUUGCUUAACAUGGCCAUAACCCAGACCUGGUGUGAAGCCACCAUCAGCUGAGUGCCCAGCCGGUUCAUGUCUGCAUGAAUCGUCUCUAGCUUCUCCAAGGAAAGCCAGGCUUUCUAAUUCACAUCAUCUUAGUUUAGUGAUCAUGUUGCCUACAAAUUGGUCUUCAGGAGUGUCAUGUUUUCUCUGAGUUGGACUUUUUAGAAAUCAUCUUUUCUCCAGUGAAUGUCGAAAACGUCCACCUCAAAAAACUGAAGGACCCACAUCUGCAUUUUUGCUAGCUCUCUGGGCUUUAGGCCUUAAACUUAGUUCCAGAUGUUACACUUGAAGUGCCAAGGCCUUGAGUGUGAGGUGGCCCACUCAGAAAUUUGUUAUUUGGUAACAUUCUGUUAUCUGAAUCUCUCUCACAUGCAUUAUGAAAAGUAAUCUGCUUUAAAACACUGUAAUAUGAUCACAGGUUUAAAAUUAAAUAUGAGUAUCUACUAUCCUUUGCAAAAUAUUCUUUGAUAGUCUUCACAUGCUGUCUAAAAUACCAGGGUGAUGUCAAAUCUAUAGACCUCUAGAAGAGGUUGCCUAAAACAGCCAAUUUCAGAACACCACCUAUUUUUGCAUGGUCUUCUAGUUAAAAAUAGUUUUCACAUGUUGUGUUGGAAAAAGAAUAUUGCAUGACACAUGAAAAUCAUUCAAAUUUCAGUAUCCAUAUAUCAAGUUCUAUUGAAACACAGCCACACAGAUUGGUUUAAGAACACUGUCAUUACUUUAGCACUACAACAGCAGAGUUAUAGCUGCAGCUGACCAUGUGGCUUAUAAAGCCUAAAAUAUUUACUUACUUUAUAGAAAAAGUUUGCCACACCCUUUUCCAGCACAUCAUCCUUCCCCUUCCCUCAUUUGUAUUUAGUAUUAGUUUCUCUAACAGAAUGCACAGGUAAGGCAUGCACACUAAUUUAUGCUUAAAAAAAUAUUCUGACAUUCACAGUCAGUACAAUAAAUGGCCUGCUGAAAAAAAGACAGGAUCAUAGCUACAGAAGCUACGAAAGCAUGACUCAAAGUGAAGCCUGCUUAGAAGGCUGUCGGAUGUUUACAGGAGUGGCUGAGGUCCUGGCCUUACUCUUACAUUCUUAAUCUCCAGAAUCACCUUACUAAUAAGCUAGCAAAAAUAAAAAGUGGAGAACAGGGCUCUGCCAUAGUCUUGGGGUGGCAGCUACACCGGGAGAGCUGUGCAGAGCACUUUGAGCCCUGAGUAUCGUGAGCUUUGAACACUGCAGUAGACAGCUUUGCACAGGUGACGAAAUUUCACUGACUUUAUAUGCUUCAUGUCUGUCUCCCACCCACCUUCCCGAUGUGCUCUCGUAUACACAGGUCAGUUCUCUUCCCUCCAAAGCCAUAGCUAUCUACAUUUCCCUUAUCUUCCCUUUCCACUGACUAUCUUACUGAACUGUGUUCUUUUUGGGUCUCCUCCCUCAUAAAACAUCCAGCUUGUCUGAGAGAAAAACCCUGAGCAUACCCUCUCUCAGCCCAGUGCUGUCUUUGGAAGCCCAAACUAUGCAGUUGAUGUAAGUCCAGUGACCCAGUAUUCCGGUUUGUUCACCAGUUUGCCACUGUUGCCCUGGUGUAAUUAACAAUGCCCCUUUUCACUCAGCCGUGUCGCGUUCUGGAAGCGGAAUUACACGGUUCCCCUAGCCACAGGAUGUAAGGAGGAAUGUGGUGUUCGGUAGAGUGGUGCAAGCCUGAGGACAGAGCAGUUGAUCGAGGGCUCUCAUUAUAUUCAAACAGACACUGCAGCAAUCUGACCAUUCAUAUUUUCUUUGAACUUGUGCAGCCUGUUCAUGGAAGAACACUCAGGUGGUAUUCUUUUUGAAGCUUCAUCUUCCUAUAUGGAAAUUGCGAGCACCUUUCCCAUCCAGUAGCUUUGUUUGGGCUGCUCUGUCGGCUGCACAGCCAUUCUAAUACUUAGGCAUCUACUAUGUUAUUAUCUUUAGAAGACAAAUUAAUUGCAUGUGCUAGAGCAAAGCCACCGUGUAAAUUCGAUCCAAGUAACUAGAAUUCUAGAAGCAUCCUGAAAAAACAAUCCCUAAGCAGAUAAGUAGAGAUGUAAACAUGCACAUCAUUAGCUAUCUAGCUCUUGCAUUCUGAGCAUUCUUGCUGUAGUUCUGACUUCUGGAAACUGUUUUUGCACUUUUCCUGUGGAUCUGUAGUUAAGGGAACCAAAGGGUCACUGGGGAAAAAGUCUUGUUUCCCUAAAAUGGCAACUGCUCUCCACUUAGGUCCUUAAUUAAGAGAAAGAAAAUCUGCACAGCAGAUACUGUCAAGGAGUGAGAAAGUUUGUUUGAGGGCAAUAGCUGGAUGUGGAAGAAAAUGUCAAGUUCAUGUUGAAGCCAUACAAUGUUCUAUGGGGUUAUCUUUUAAGACAUAUUCUGACAUGUGUGAAGAAGUCACUACUCCAGGCCUUUGUGUUACCAUUUAAAGGAUUCAGCUCUGGUCCUGUGUUUGCUACUCAUACAGUCACAACGCCUCAGUAGUUUGCCCCCUUAGAAAUAUUUAGAUGUGCACAAAUUAAUCUUUUAUAUAUUGAAAGGUUUUUUUACCUGGUGUUAGAUUGCUCAGAAUAAACUAUCUAUUAGAUUUUGUUUUGGUAAAUCUCCCUAAAUAAUGUGGAUUAAUAAUAUAAAAAAUAUGUAAUGCCACCUAUAGCCUCUCUGUAUGGUUCAGAAAUAAAAAUUGAUUCCACAAGUUUUGGGCUUUAUGUCUUUGACCCAGCAAGACUCUGUGUAGUGUCACUUAUUCAGAAGUUUUGUGUGGGUGUUGGCACCUGGUAGGUGAGGACAGGAUACAUUUUGGCUUUCUUGCCACCCAAGUUUUAUUCCCUUUCCAGUUCUGCCUUCCACACCUGAAUGAUCUAAGCUUUCCACAUGUGUUGUUUACUCACUGGGUAACAAGUUCUCUCAGUGGUAGUGUCUCCAUGUUUCAUGGUUACCUGACUUUGUCAACCUCUCUUUUCUCUGUCUCUUGCCUUUUCAUGGCAUAUACGUUUAUUCUUAAAUUAAAAUAUGUUAAAUUGUUCAUACA